GAAGCUCCCCGGUUGACCUCCCUGGUCUCCUUCCCACCCAUCCUUCUCCACCGUCCUAUCAUACCGGGACGUCUUCCAUGGCCUCCUCAUAGAUCCACCUAUCCCGCCACCCGCAACUCCUACAUUGCAAUCCUUCAUCAAGGUGCAGAGAGCGGAAGUUGACAGCGCUCGCUAGCCCGCCUGCCACCGAUCUUGAUCUUGAUGGCGACGACGAUGACAAUGCGCCGGACGGCGGCGGGGGGCGUCCUCCUGGUGGCGGCGCUGCUGCUGCUGUCGACGAGGGUGGCCCGGGCCGAGGACCCGUACGUGUUCUUCGAGUGGCACGUGACGUACGGGACCAAGAACAUCGUGGGCACGCCGCAGAAGGUGAUCCUCAUCAACGGCGAGUUCCCGGGCCCCCGGAUCAACUGCUCCUCCAACAACAACAUCAUGGUCAACGUGUUCAACCAGCUGGACCAGCCGCUGCUCUUCACCUGGAACGGCAUCCAGCACCGCAAGAACUCGUGGCAGGACGGCGUCCCGGGCACCAACUGCCCCGUUGCCCCCGGCACCAACUACACCUACCAUUGGCAGCCCAAGGACCAGAUCGGCACCUUCUUCUACUUCCCCUCCAUCGGCAUGCAGCGCGCCGUCGGGGGCUUCGGCCUCAUCAGCGUCGUCAGCCGCCUCCUCAUCCCGGUCCCCUUUGACCCCCCCGCCGACGACCUGCAGGUCGUCAUCGGCGACUGGUUCACCAAGGACCACGCCGUCAUGGCCAGCCUCCUCGACGCCGGACGCAGCUUCGGCCGCCCCGCGGGCGUGCUCAUCAACGGCAAGGGCGGCAAGGAGGCCACCAACCCGCCCAUGUUCACCUGGGAGGCCGCCAAGACGUACCGCCUCCGCAUCUGCAACGUCGGCAUCAAGUCAUCGCUCAACUUCCGCAUCCAGGGCCACGACAUGAAGCUCGUGGAGAUUGACGGCUCCCACACGCUGCAGGACUCGUACGACUCGCUCGACGUGCACGUCGGCCAGUGCCUCUCCGUCCUCGUCGACGCCGACCAGAAGCCCGCGGACUACCUCAUGGUGGCCUCCACCAGGUUCAUGGCCGACGCCAGCUCCGUCUCCGCCGUCGUCCGCUACGCCGGCUCCAACACCCCGCCGGCGCCCAACGUUCCGGAGCCGCCGGCCGGCUGGGCCUGGUCGCUCAACCAGUGGAGGUCCUUCCGGUGGAACCUGACGGCCAGCGCGGCGCGUCCCAACCCGCAGGGAUCCUACCACUACGGCCAGAUCAACAUCACCCGCACCAUCAAGCUCCUGGUCACCCGCGGCCACAUCGACGGCAAGCUCAAGUACGGCUUCAACGGCGUGUCCCACGUGGACGCUGACACGCCCCUCAAGCUCGCCGAGUACUUCAACAUCAGUGACCAGGUGUUCAAGUACAACCAGAUGGCCGACACGCCCCCGGCCGUCAACGGCCCCAUGCACGUCGCGCCCAACGUCAUCACCGCCGAGUUCCGCACCUUCAUCGAGGUGGUCUUCGAGAACCCCGAGAAGAGCAUGGACUCCGUCCACAUCGACGGCUACGCCUUCUUCGCCGUCGGGAUGGGGCCGGGGAAGUGGACGCCGGAUCAGAGGAAGACGUACAACCUGCUGGACGCGGUGAGCAGGCACACGAUCCAGGUGUACCCGCGGUCGUGGUCGGCGGUGAUGCUGACGUUCGACAACGCCGGGAUGUGGAACGUGAGGUCCAACCUGUGGGAGAGGCACUACCUCGGGGAGCAGCUCUACAUGAGCGUCGUCUCGCCGGCGAGGUCGCUGCGCGACGAGUACAACAUGCCAGAGAACGCCCUCCGCUGCGGCAAGGUCGUCGGCCUGCCGCUGCCGCCGUCCUACCUCCCCGCCUGAAGCCCGGCCCUCACCCAACUAAUAUAACUACGCCUGACAGAUAUGAAAUGAUUCAUGUACACGAGCAGGAGGCCUAGGCCGCCAGGGGAGAGGAUGAGUUUGUUUCCGUUAUGUAUGUAUGUAUGUAUGUACGUACUCCAUUCUUGUGUGUUGUGUAAUCGUGUUACCGUUGUCCGUUGUUGUCGUUCUUGGCGAUCGAUUUUCUUUUUGAUUUGGUGGAAUAUAAUUAAGCAUACAUGGGAGCUAGUUAGCCCUUCUCAAAAGAACAACAAAGACGGAAGAAACAUACACCUUGAAAUAAAAUUAAGGAUCGGCUGGACCGGCCGGCUG